CAUCACACCUUGUUUAUAACCAAGUUUAGAAGAGUAUGGCACAAAUUAAUGUCAAUGUUUUGAUAAUGAAUUUGCUAGUGUUUAUAGCAUUGCUCAUUACAUUAUUUAGUGGUACCAAAGCUAUUGUAAUAUGUGACAUUAACACAGAUAAGCUAGACUUAUGCAAAGCAGCAAUUAUUGGAAAACACCCUCCAAAACCAAAUACAAAAUGUUGUGGACUUAUUAAAAAAGCUGAUUUGGAUUGUCUUUGUAGGUACAAGUCUCUUCUACCUGCACUUGGAAUCAACCCUACAAAGGCUUUGGCAUUGCCUAGAAAAUGUGGUCUCAAAACUCCACCUGGAUGUAGAGAGACUUGAAGAAAUUCUUGAGAAUCACUUGCCUUUGAAAUGGUUAAUUUAGCAUCCUUUACCUUUUUUAAUAAAUGAGUAGUCUAGUUUAAUUUGUUUAUCUUUUACUUAUAUGUAUUAAUUCAAGAUGUGUGAUGUAUCAGUUUCCAAUAUAUUAAAUUUUAUAAAGUUAUUUGAUGUACUAAAAUUAGAUAUAAAUUGUAUUUUUCACACUCCCUUUACAUCUAUCUAUA